ACGAGUUAACGAGAUUCCGACAGUCUACCCUAUAAGUAUUGUACGUUGGUGAUCAACAGCCCAUCCCUCGCUUUUGAACUUCCCACUUGAUCAGCACAGUUUCAUGUCGGGACUAGAAGAAUCUCUCUAUGCUCUCAAUUGGAAUAACAACAUAUCAGUUGCAAUCAUUACCCUGGUAUCUUAUGACUACAUGCUUCAGUUCGAGAAAGAGGUCACAUUCGUUUGGCAAAGACAGCGGUCAAUAAUGACAUAUAUGUACCUUGCUGUUCGAUAUUUUGGUAUUUCGAUUGCAAUGACUUGCGCCUGCUGGGGAGGUUUAUUUUAUAUACCUGAAACAGUGAGUUAUGCAAUGUUUCUGUACUUCGAAUGGAGUUUUUCUGUAUAUUUUUGCUUGGCGGAACUGAUUCUCAUCUUGCGUCUUUACGCCCUAUACAACCGAUCCAAGCCCAUACUUUAUGUUCUACUUGGGUUGUUCCUACCAGUCGUCGCGCUCUAUAUAGCGUUAGAUGUAUUUUUAUGGGGUCGACCCUCAUCAAUCUCGAUGCAUGAAAUAAUAAUAACUCCAAACAUCAAGUACUGCACGGGUAUCUUCCAUAUUGGGCCCAUGCCUGCGAUAUAUGUUUCCAUCCCUAUCAUAUGCUAUGAUAUAUUCCUGCUUGUCCUCGCCGUCGCCGUCCUCGGGAAGCACCUGAAGGAACGAAAUGAACUUAGAAUGAAGCCUAAUGCCUAUGUAGUCAUGAUUGUCCGAUAUCAUGUCAUAUACUUUGUCCUAAAUUUGGCAACUCAAAUCUUCAUGGCGAUAUUGUGGGCCAACCUUCCGACGGCGAUGAUGUAUCUCGCACAGUUGUUCAUCGGUACCGCGCCAUUUAUUAUUGUGCCACGUCUUAUCAUCAGCAUCUGGGAAACGCAUGCCAAUGAAAACUGUGUACAUGUCAGUACGACAUUCGAGGAUUGUAUCUGUUGGGCUCCGCCACAGGCAUCGGAGCAGCACGACAUGGACUGCCUCUGAUAUUUCCGAAGUGGGAGCAAGUCGUCCAGGGCCCAAUUUUUUGUGUAACUAUGUCCACAAUAUAUAUAUAAAUCUUGUAUUUGAUAACUAGCCUGUAUAAAAGUACGAUCUAUCAUAAUUUAUCUUGGAGGACUCGAUAGGUUUUUAGCCCAUGACUC